GGACCCUGCGGGGACCGGAAGUGACGUAAUGUCAGACAGCGCGUUAGUAACACAGACUUCCGUUUUUUUCUUGCUGUUGACUCUGCGUCUGAGGGAACGGAGGUUGUAGCUCUCAAUACUGUAUAAUUUGGAAAUAUUUUUUUUAAACCAUGGUGGAGUAUUAUGACGUUUUGGGAGUUCAUAGGAAUUCCUCUCCAGAGGACAUAAAGAAAGCGUUUUAGCUCUUCAUUUAGCUCAAUUGGGCAUGGUGGUGGCUUUACAUCUUUCUCCUCUUCGUCAUUUGGAGGAACAGGAAUGGGUAACUUCAAGUCUGUAUCAUCAUCCACCAAAGUGAUUAAUGGCAGAAAAAUUACAACAAAGAGAAUUAUUGAGAACGGGCAAGAAAGAGUUGAAGUUGAAGAAGAUGGACAGCUUAAGUCCUUAACAAUAAAUGGAGAGGAAGAUCAUGCAGCGCUUACAGAGGAGUGCGGACGUCGUGGGCAGUAUGCUUUGCCUUACCAGGCAUCUAGUAGCGGUAGUAGCAGAUCAUCCAGGCCCUACAGACCCGCAGUCCCUUCUAGACAUGGGCAUAACUUCAAAAGCGAUGAGGAGGAGGAACAGGAUAGACUACGGGGUGCAAGCAACUGGGAACCUCCAUUUUAUUCAACAGGACAUAAAGAAGGAAGCAAGAGAAAGAAGCAGAAGCAGAAAGACGAUCAGAAGAAGAAGAAAUCUUCCAAGCCAAUGUACAUGCACUAACAUGGACACAGGAGGGCUUAAUACCUUACACAAGAGGGCACCCUAAUCUAGGACUGCAGCAGCUACACAUUUUUCAUUUGCAUAUUUAUAUAUUCUACUGUGCUUGAGCAACAUCUUAGAUCCCUGUAAAGCCGGUCAAGAGAGCAUCUUCUACAUGCUGUUGAGCGUUUUCCAUUAUUAGUUGAAAAACUUCUUAAUGGCGUUUAAAAUGUUCUUCGCAGACCUUAGGCCUCACAGCAUGUUGAAUAAGUUCCAGAGUUAUGAAGAUGAUUCCAGAACUGAAGGAUUUUCUAUUAUAUUGUGAUUGCACUAUUAACAUGUAUUCAUUUUCCAUUGUUUAAGAUAAGGAUCCUACUUAGAGGUGUAAAUAAAACCUCAAUUCUGUAAGGGCUUAGUUUGAUUGUUAAUGAAACUUUAUGGCAAA